UUUUAUUUUAUUCGUGACAGUUGCUUGACGUUUAUUUGGCUAAACGUCAUCUGAUUUAAGAACUGAAUAACCUACAAAAAAUGAUGAGGAUCAAAACAGUUACUUUGUGAUCUACUUUGCAUUACAAAAAUUGUAAUGAUUAAUCAUCAUCCAAUAGAAUCAACAACAAUAUAACAGACCCAGUGCCUUAAACAGUGAUUUCCUCUGUCAUAAUUAAGAAUUUUCCCGUGCAAGUUAAUUAAUUAAGAAGCGCUAAAAAUGUGGAUGCCUACUCAUGUUCAAGUUACUGUAAUCAAAGGUGUAGAUCUUCUGACCAAAGGAAAAAACAACACAAAUGACUGCUUUGUCACCAUUGGAUUGGGUAAAACUAUUUAUCAAACCUCCAUAAAAGACAAAGCUGGACCUUCGGUGGAAUGGAAGGAAGAAUGUGAACUGCCAAUACCUGACCAAGGCAAUACAGCAGAAUUAGUGCUGACUGCUUACCACAGAAGUUUUUUGCAAGUUGACGAGUUCUUAGGUCGUACAAAAAUACCAUUAAACAGUUUAGAUAUCUAUGAAAGGCCCAAAAACAAAUGGUAUACUCUACAAGGAAAAAACAAAAAAGGCAAAGAGACCUCAAAACAUAAAGAACGCGGUAAACUAGAGGUAAAAAUCGGUUUUAUCGUGAAAUCCGGCAGUCUAACAGAGCUAAGCAAGAAAGAGAAGCAUAAAUCAUCGAUUGGGCAACUUUCCUCAGUUGCCCAAAGUGUUGGCGGCAGCCUAUUGAGCCUCGGCAGUGUGGAGAAACGCAAGGGUUUGAAGAAGUUCGCCAAAUCUAUAGGCUCGAAGAUGCACUUGCGCGGUAAAAAGAAGGACGGGCAGUUUGACGACGGUGCUUCCUCUAUUGGAAGUGUUGGGAGUUUGAAAGUGAGAAAUAACAGUAGUGGUUUUGAUAAGUUUAAAAGUAAACAAACUAGGGAUGAUGCCGAUCCAGGCGUGGUCAGUGAAGACGAGGACUUUAUUUUUGAUGAUUUAUCCCACAAAAGCUCCGCAAGUUCACUUAGUCAAAAUAUACAGCCUGUUAACUCAUCAUUGGACAAUGUGUCUGAGAAAAAAAUCACCACACCUCCAGCUAAACCUCCAAGGCAGGAACCAAAAACGCAAGAUGACUGGGACUCCAAACUCUUCUUCAGCAAACCUAAAACUCUUCUCAAACCAGGUAGUAGCGAAUCGCUAAACCGAAGAUCUUGGGACUCUUCCAAACUGUCUUCCACGCAAAUUGAAGAAGAAGAUCCAGCGGAAGUAGAAGUGGAGGCCAAAGAAGACAACAUAAGCAUCAAGUCCACCCCGGAGGUAGGAGCGAAGAAAGACGAAAAAGAAGGAAUAUUCUCGAAAUUCAUCAACUUCAGAAAAGAUAAGAUUGAAAGUGACGCAAGACUAGAGAAGCAGCGAAAUAACGCUCAUGAACGUAUUGUUAUAGGCGGGGAAAAUGACGACGUGGUACCACUAGCGCGAAACCACAACAACCGACUAUCAAACGAAUUACUCCAGAAAUUCGAAGGAAAAAGCAGAGAAGACCUCAUUUUGGCGCUUAGUGAUACUCAAUUCGAACUGGACAAGCAAAAAAAGAAACUUAAAGAUCUUGAAGAUUAUUUGGACGACCUUCUAUUGAGGGUGAUGGAAACCCAACCCAAGAUUUUGCAGAACCCCUAUGUGACCUGCAAAUUCGCACACAAAAAAAUUACUGGUUAAUUUAUCUAAAAAAAUGGUGCUCACUUCAAACAAAUCCAUCCAAUGAUAGUUUUGUAACAUACUGUGAUUCUUAAUGUAACAGGCCAUUUUUCUUUUUUUUACAUUUUAAACAGCUUUACUUUACUUUCUUAUUUAUACCUACUAUAGUAUACUUCACAUUAGCUUUUAUUAUUCAAGACUUGUUUUUAACAUUAUUUUAUUUUAUGUAUUUUUAUUAUCCUAACAUAGAUUUAGUUCACAUCUGAAAUAUUUUUAUAAAUAUAUAUGUAUGUAUUAGUUAUUGUUAUACUGACAUCACUAUUUUAUGUGGUUUUAAUUAAUUUUUUUAUAUAUUGUCUUCUACAAACCGUUGUACAGGUUAUUAUUAUUGAUUUUUUUAAUUAUGGUUAGGGAGCAAUAUUUUCUAAUAUAUAUUUUGUAUAAAAAAA